AUGUCGGUCGUCCUGCAAUCGACUCCUGUGCGCCAUGCAGCUUGUGCAUUUGCCGAAGGACAUAGAGCGUCAUAUGCGAGAGGACUGUCACAAGACAGCCUCAUGAACAGACGCUUGCACUGUAUUACCUCUAUUCGGGAACAACUUGCCGACUACUCCGGGAGUCGUGAAGCCCUGUCACCUCUCUUGCUUGCUGUUCUCCUCCUUUACUUCCUGGACGGCUUUGUCGAGUGCAGGCAGCAACAACUUUCCGUGCACUCCCACUACAACGGUGUACUGGCCAUAAUAGAGGCGCUCGGAGGCCAGCAAGCUGUUUGCUCAUCGACAUAUCCAGAGGCUUCGUUGUUACUUUCCGAAUUUGUGGCCGCGGAUCUUACUGAAGCUGUACUGCAAGGCCGUCUGCCGUACUUUGACGCUGCCAUUUGGAAGCAGAUCGAGUCAGGCCAGGUCUGGUGGGCGGUGCAGGAUGUCGGCAGCCAGUCGUUGGCCUCUGUUUUUGGAACCAUGGCUUCGAUAAGUCAAUAUUCGCACCAUAAAGAACUUGAACUCGAAGUAUGGCGUUCGACAAUCUGCACCAUGUCCAACAACCUAGGCAGGCACGGUCCCGUCUUUUCUCUCAAGCACUUGUUCGGGCAUAUCAACAUGCCGCCCUGA